AUGGAGGAAGUAUAUAGUGCUGUUGAUUUUGACGUGCUUUUAUUCGACCAUGUGGCAAAUAAGGAACCGAAGUUACUGGCAAAGAUGUACAGUGCGAAGGAACGAUUAGAACUCGAAAAGAAGCGAAGGUCGUCAGGGAAAUUUAAGAGUCUUAAAGAAGUUGUGGCAGAAUAUAACACAAUUGUAAAUCGUAAGCGAGGCGCAGAGUCUCCACUGAAGGCGCCGCUUUCCAAGAAAGCAAACGUUGCUUCUGUUGAUGGUAGUGACAGUGAUGUUGACCUGGUUAAGGCUGGAGCGACCUUCGAAAAGAAACGUGAAAUCUAG